AUGAAUUGGCUUCUUGAAUCAGGAUCAUUUUGUAUUUUUUUACUUCUAAUAAUAGUGGCGCUAUUAUCCAUUAUAGUUUUAGGAGGUUUCGAUGGAAUCUUUUCAACUAUUAAUUUGCUGUAUAAUUUCUUAUUUCGACCUACUUUUUCUCCAGAGAGGAAUGUACCAGAAAAAAAGGAAGUAUGUUCCUCAAGGAUAACAAUGACAGAAAUAGUUUUACCUUCACACGCUGAUAUUCGCGGUUUUGUAUUUGGUGGUGUUAUCUUGGAAUGGAUAGAUCUUGCAGCAGGAUACUCUGCAAAAAAACAUGCCGUCUAUCCAUGUGUUACGAGAAGUGUUGAUGCUGUUCAUUUUAUGCAUCCUAUUAAAGUUGGUGAUUUUCUUACAAUACAGGCUAGCGUAAAUCGUGCUUGGAAUACUUCUAUGGAGGUUGGUGUUCGCGUAGAAACCGAAAAUCCUAUUACGGGAAAGCGAAAAUAUUGCUGUCAUGCAUAUUUGACCUUUGUUGCUCUCAGUGGCAGUUCAAAAUCUGUGGGUAAACUUCUCGGAGCAAGACAUCGUAAUUUAACUGCAAAAGUUCCUCGUAUUAUUCCAGUAACUCCAAUUGAACAGCAACGUUAUGACUAUGCCGAGAUUAGAAGGCAGGCACGUGUGACCAAAUCAAAACAUACAGAUGAUAAAGGUCAUCGUGAACAACAUAAGUUAGAAGCGUUAAGGGAACUUUUGCGUGAAUGGUCGGAACAUUAUAAUACGGAAACAAAAAGUACGGCAGAAUUACCACCUCUCUUACAAGAACCUGAAGCAUAUAGCGCCGAAUCUAAUGACCCCGCAAAAGUAUAUCUCAUUCGACGAAGUUCAACACUAAAAGGUCUUCCUAUACAACCUGAUACAAAGUUUAGUUCUGAAAGUUUUGCAGAAGUUGUUGAAACAGUUUUACCCCAACAUGCAAAUACAUUACAGAUUACUUUUGGUGGUCAAAUCAUGAAAUGGAUGGAACAUUGUUGCCUUGUUAGCGCAUCAAGGCAUUCAAGACGAUUCCUUUUAUUGGCAAGACCGACAUAUGUUGGUGAUUGUAUAACAGUUCGAUCAAUUGUUUCUUGUACGUUUCAUUCAAGUUUGGAAGUAUAUGUUUCCGUAGAAGCUGAAAACUUGAUGACAGGAGAAAGAUUUUUCACAAACGAUGGUUUUUAUACUAUGGUUGCUGUUGAUUCUCAAAAUGUGCCAACACCAGUUCCACAGGCUAUUACAGAUUAUGAACAAGAGUACGAAGUAUUCAAAGAUGCUGAAGUUAGGAGAACCAGAAGGCUUCAACAACGAAGAGAAUUGAUUCAAAAAGAAAUGGCUGCCCAUCCUAAGGAAUUUGAAAAGUAUACACGUGAUAAUGAAAAUGAAAAUGAAAAUUAA